AUGGAAGUGGGAGGAUCAAAGGCAGGUGUUACCUUGAUGAAUUGUCGCUCUGACCGUUGCCUUUAUCAAGAAGGUGAAAAAGUUUUGGCUUCUUAUGGUGGCAGAUGGUACGAGGCCAAGGUGCAGAAAGUUGAAUCAACCAGGACAAAGGGAUGCUUACACUUUGUUCAUUAUCUUGGCUGGAAUAAAAAAUGGGAUGAAUGGCUAGAAGCUGAGCGUCUGAAGAAAUUUACUGAAGAAACUGUCCGAAAUCAGUCAAAGGAGUGUGGUGAAUCAGCUAGGGCGAGGAACAGGAAAAUAUCACAGACUGAGAAAAAUAUGAAUAUUGAAAUACCACCCACACUGAAGAAACAACUGGUGGAUGACUUUGAAUUUGUAACCCAUCUCGGCCAGCUUGUUAACCUUCCUCGCACUCCGAAUGUCAAUGACAUAUUGAACAAAUAUUCUGCAUUUAGGGUGAAAACAAAUAACGGGUUGAACGAGGAAAUGGAAGAAUUCUCAAGAGGGUUGUGUGGUUACUUUGACAAAGCACUGCCUGCAAUGCUCCUGUAUGACAGUGAACGCACACAGUAUCAAGCAUUGAGUGAAGAGCACAAACCCCCUUCAAGUGUAUAUGGAGCUGAACAUUUAUUGCGUCUCUUCGUUAAAUUACCAGAGAUACUGGAAUCAGUAAAGAUUGAAGAGGAAACGCUGAUAAAGCUCCAGCAUGAAAUAAUAGGUUUGCUGAAGUAUGUCUUACUCCUUCAAGCGGCAUUUACAGCAAAAAUAUUUGUUUUUGAUCCCUUUGUUUAUCCAGUUUCUGAGGAAGAAUCAAAGUAA